AGCACUUCGCUCAGUUACACACCCAUAUUUCACAGACACACACUCACACAUAGACACACAAACCGUGAGCGCGCACAACUCACUUGGCAAAGUCUGACGCGCUGACUUUCUUAGCGCAGACGCGUCAGACAGAAAUGAGUAAACUAUGCGGGAUAUCUCUCGGUGACUGAAAAGAAUUUUUUGCCUUUACAGCGAUAAGAAGUUCGGCGCCUAUGACCUCAAAUCUGACCGUGAUCGGUGCUAUAUUAUCCUCCACCUGCACUGAGCUGUUUCAGAGUUUUGCUCUCGCCGCCUCUGUGGCUUGACUUCCAGGAGAAGGCAAACAGUUGGGAUAUUUUGGCACUUUGGCACAGGACGGGACACCGUGUGCGCCAGGCGUCAGGCAUAGGAGUCAACAAGUGACUCUCUUUUGCUGGUAAGCGAGAGAGAUUAUGAAAGAGUGGAGUCGCUGAAUGGAAAGUUAGUUUCGAUACAAACUUUUUUUUUUGGUCGCGGGGUAUUUGAAGCCACAGGAACGGAAGUUUUUUGGGGUUUUUUUUUUUAAAGCGUGCACGAGUUUGUUGUCACCAUGAGUGGAGCGGUGGUUUUCCAGAUGUGGAUGCUUUUAUUGUUGGGGACUAUAACCGGGCUCGGGAGGGCUCAGGUCUCCACAGCCAAAGUGAUGAGGGGCAACAUCAGGAGAGACGACAGCAAUCGCCUCACCACAGACUUGUACCGCAAAGACGAAAACAUCACAGUAACACCAGCGGGCGGAGUCAUCAACAGCCCACGCUACCCUAACGCUUACCCCCGCAACCUGCUGUUGUCAUGGAAACUGCUGUCACCGCCAGGGAGCCGCAUUCACCUGGAGUUUGACGGACACUUCGGCCUGGAGGAGGCUGAGAAUGGAGUGUGCAGGUAUGACUUUGUGGAAGUGGAGGACCAAUCAGAGACCAGCACUAUAAUUUGGGGUCGCUGUUGUGGGCAGAAAGCUCCACCUAGUCUCAACUCCAAAACCAACACGCUCAGAGUCACCUUCAAGUCUGAUGAUUACUUUGUUGCAAAGCCGGGAUUCAAAAUCUACUAUUCACUGCUGUAUGACUCUCCUCUACCUGCAGCCAACACCAACUGGGAAGCCGUCACUAUACCCAUGAUGGACGGUGUUGUAGGGCAGAUGCCGGUCGCGGUCACAGAGGUUCCUUUCUCCUUGGAGGAUCUGGACCGGACCAUAGCUGCCUUUGACACUAUAGAGCAGCUUCUCAGAUCCCUGAACCCAGACACUUGGAGACAGGACCUGGACAGCAUCUAUACUCAAACACACAUACAUUAUAGAUCCAGGGCCUAUCAUCUGGCAAGCAGACAUAAUAAAGUUGAUCUGAACCGCCUCUAUGAUGACGUCAAGCGAUACAGCUGUACCCCACGCAACUAUUCUGUAAACCUGCGCGAGGAGCUGAAGGCCACCAACGCCGUCUUCUUCCCUCGAUGUCUGCUGGUGAAACGCUGUGGAGGCAACUGUGGCUGUGGAACAAAUAACUGGAACAAUGGCUGCACCUGUCAGGCCUCCAAGACGUCGCUCAAACUACAUGAGGUGCUGAAGUACGCCCCAGAGGUCACUCUGCAUCAACGCCAUCGGAGGCCGCAGGUGCGCUGGGUCAUAGACGAGAUCUUCCUCACACACCAUGAAACGUGUGAGUGUGCAUGUCCUUCCCAGCCCCCUCGCUGAGGCUCUCAAGACUGGCACAUGCAUCUUGAACUGUUGAACAAGUUUUUUUUUAUCUAUUUUGCAAAAGACUUCAUAUAAUAACAGCAACGCAGACACAUGCAGCAAAGAAAAAAGCAACAAUCUGACUGACAAACCGCAGCUCAUUCACACACAAUGACAUUUUUUUCUUGCAAGUAAACCAUCUACUUUCCUCUGUACACAGGCCAAACUUAAACCAACAUAUUUCCGGCCAAACAUAUUGGUUAUUCAACUUCCCUGCAACUUGGAGUUAAAUCUUAACCAUUACGACCAAAUUUACACAUUACUUGUGAACCACGGCGUGUUACAAUAACAGUGGACCUUCUCCAUAGGAAUUCGCUUUCAAUUCAAUCAAAGUUUUUCCAUCCAAAAAUUAAAUACUGAAAACCAUUUGGAAUACAAAAGACAAAAUUACCACAUAACACCAACAUUUUAUUGAACUUACUUUUACAGUAGCAGCCUUUCCCACAGAAUUAGAUUGUGGCAUGGAGGCGGUCCCGCUCACACUAGGAGGGGCUCACAGCUCCACAAUGAAACAGUGGCACAAAACACUGCGGCAGAGAUCUUUUAUGUUAUUGUGAGAAGUGUAAAAAUGUUUUACACACAAAUUAGACUGUGGCGUGCUAAAAUACAGGUGUGGGCGGGCGUGGUAGACCGAGGGGAGAUUAUCUUGUCAUGGAUGGCUUAAUAAGAACAACAAAAAUGCUAGUGCUAAAAUGGUCACCAAAUAUACUUGGGCAGCCGUUAAUAUACCUGAGCAGCCCGGCAAGUCUAUGUGUGGGAAACACUGCAUUUUGAUGAAGGGAGUUCCAUGGAUGUCAACUUGACAGAAUUUAAAUAGAAUUGAGUCAGACUGCUUUGUAAACAGCUAUUUCACAUGUAUGUCUAUGCGUCUCUUUCUGUUAUAUUAAGACUGUUUCUAGAAACUUCUAGCUCCUCUUCUGCCAGCAGCACGCUGAGAUGAGUGAGUGUGAGACAGAAGGGAGGGAGAGGGGUUGGAGGAAGUGUAAACCAAAAUAACACUUUAUCUUGAUGUGAAAUUAGGCUAGCCACAACCCUCCAGAUCUGAAAUGCUCACUAACACUCACACACGCUCACUUUAGGCUUCCACUCCUACAAAAACGGUAGUUAUUUAUGCUGAAUUCUUCAGUGCUCUAUUUCUCAGUGAAGGGCUCCUUUGUUUUGCACACAUCCCUGUCUGAAUAUAUUCACGAUUCCCUUUGUCUGUACCUCAAUCCAUAUGCUCCCCGCUCCUUUUCUUUCUCUCUCAGUGACUCCAUCUCUAACACACACACUCCUCAUCACUCACUCGCUAACACAUCAAAGGAGAUGUCAGAUCAGGCCGCUGCGCUCUGCCGCUCUGCCCAUUUUUCUGAACAUUCCUGGCAUUCCAACCGCUAACCGGAAUUCUGCUAACGCGGAUAAAACCCUGAACUUCGGACCCUAAACACGUAACAGAGGAAAGACACUCAGGAAGAGGGAUGGAGAGGAAGUUUUUUUUUUUUUUUUAAAGGAGGUGACUGACAGAAAAGGGACAAUCAAGCUGCCUAUUCGUAGAUUACCAGCACUCCUGGAUGAGAGCUGAGAGAGGAACCACUUUCGAAGAUAUAACGUAGAAAAGAUUGCUGUCCUUCAGCAGUUUCAAUCAGCAUGUGCUGCUUUUCUAGUGAGCAUUUUUUUUUUUUUUUCCCUCUCUCAUGAAGAUGCUCAUACAUAUCACAAUCUGACCUUCUGCUCGGCAUGUCUGCAGCAGAUCUGUGGGAAAUAGAGGAAAGCUCUUGGUCAAUGCUGAAAAUACCACCGAUACUGUGUGUGUGUGUGUCUCUCAGUAUGCCUGUAACCGCUCAGGAAGAGGUCCCUUUGUUUUAAGGGGUGGAGGGUUACCAACAGUCUGUGAGAGCUGGCAGCAGAUACAAGCAUGUGAAUCCUCAGCAUGUGACUGUGCAUGCGAGUGUGUGUGUGUGUGUGUGUGUGUGUGUGUGUGUGUCUCUGUGUGUUGUGUCUAUGUGUAGAUAGCCAGAGUAUCAAAGCAAUAGACCAGGAAUUCAAACUAACUGCUUUUCAUUUCCAUACACACGACCCAGCUGUGAGAAAUAAAAGAUAGUCUCAUCUGUCAUCUCUCCAUCAUCACCUCCCAUAUACUACACGCAGAGAAAAAUGGGGUUUGACACACUACUUUUGUUCAAAAGAGACAAAAAAGAAUAACUGGACACUGAGAUGAUUUACACGGUCACAGUGAAACCCAAUCAGCUGUGUGCUUUUAUGUGUACGUGUACUGCAAGUCAUGGAUGAUGUUUGGCAGGUAUGGGAUACAAAACACUAAAUAAUCACAAAGUGUGUUGGGUUAUGCGAUAGUCAAGUUCCAAGUAAUUUAUCCCAGACACUAUUCGGUGACAUGCACACACACACACACACGCACACACACACACACGCACGCACGCACGCACGCACGCACGCACGCACACUACACAGUGUUGUAUUUUCAGUAGCUAACGAGCCAGAUGGUGAUUACGUAAUGUGUCAUUUUCUAAGAUGCUUUGCUGUAAAGUGUAUAGUUACUCUUCCAACAACUAUCUUAGGUCUUUUAUGAAAUCUGCUGCCAACAGGAGAUAUAUUGCAAAUUUAUGCAUUAUAAAUGUAUAUGAGGGGUGUGUGCAUCCUGUGUCUGCCUGUUUGCCGGCGUUAUAAGCACAUUCCGUUGUGUGCUCCAAAGUGACAUUCCUCCAUUUCUGGGUAACUGCUUAGUUUCAUCUUGCAGUUCUUCACAAUAGAACCACAUGUAUUUCAACGUCAGACAUGUAAACCUGCUUGUGUAAUUGCUUUGAUUUUUUUUUUUUUUUUUUUGGUCUAUUCACUUCAUCUAAGAACAUUAUAACCACACAUUAGACCAUUGAGGACAUUUCAGAUUAUCAUAUGUUCAAUAAACUUUGGCCUGGAGUUUCAGAUUCUCAGAGGAUUAAAUGGUUCUACUGUCAUAUUCAAGUCUGAGAAAAGUUGAUUUUAGUUUUAACAAAAAAAACAACAACAAAAACAAAAAAAAAAACAAAAAAACAAGUCAACCUGCCUUUGCUGUAUUCAGAAAAAUAUUCAUGAUGAAACUGUAUGCUUUCCUUACAUAAUUUAUUGUGUUUUCUCUGUUGUUUUAUUAAAAAUAUCAGCUGGUUGGUUUUGAUAAAUAAAGUAUUUCUAGCA